AUGGACUUCAAUGUUGCAUUGGUUAUUGUAGUAACUACCAUUUUGGGAAUUGGUCUUCAUGGAUGCGAUAGCAAGGUUGUGCAGUUCAUUUUUGGAGACUCACUCUCGGAUGUUGGAAAUAACAUGCAUCUCAAUAGAAGCCUUGCUCAAGCAAGCUUGCCUUGGUAUGGUAUAGACAUGGGAAAUGGGUUACCUAAUGGAAGGUUCACUAAUGGUCGCACAGUUGCUGACAUAAUAGGUGACCGUACUGGCCUACCUAGGCCUCCUGCAUUCCUGGAUCCAUCUGUAAGUGAAAAAGUUAUACUAGAAAAUGGGGUGAACUAUGCUUCCGGUGGCGGCGGCAUCUUGAACGAAACCGGUGCCUAUUUUAUCCAAAAGUUUUCCCUGGACAAACAAAUUGAGCUAUUUCAGGGGACGCAAGAGUUAAUUAUAGGUAAAAUUGGAAAUACGGCCGCUGAUAAGUUUUUCAAGGAAGCUCGUUAUGUUGUUGCUUUAGGGAGCAAUGACUUCAUCAACAACUACUUGAUGCCAGUUUACAGUGAUUCAUGGACAUACAAUGAUGAAACCUUCAUGGACUACUUGAUAGGAACAUUGGAAAGACAACUAAAGUUACUUCAUAGUUUAGGAGCAAGACAACUGGUGGUUUUUGGGUUGGGUCCAAUGGGCUGCAUUCCCCUUCAAAGGGUGCUCAGCACAACUGGGAAUUGUAGAGAAACGGCAAACAAGCUGGCUCUUACCUUCAACAAAGCUGUAAGCGGGUUAGUAGAUGACUUGGCGAAGCAUUUUCCUGAUUCAACCUAUAGAUUCGGAGAUGCCUAUGAUGUUGUUUAUGAUGUAAUUAACAAUCCAAAUAAGUAUGGAUUUCAAAACUCAGACUCACCAUGUUGUUCUUUUUGGAAUAUUCGACCCGCCCUUACAUGUGUACCUGCAUCAAGUCUGUGCAAAGAUAGAAGCAAAUAUGUCUUUUGGGAUGAGUACCACCCCACUGACAGUGCUAAUGAGCUAAUUGCAAAUGAACUCAUCAAGAAAUUUGGACUUCUAAAUUCUGAUCAAGGAGGUGCACCUUCACCAGCUCCUGCUGUUGCUCCAUCUCCAGAAGACCAAUGA